AUGCAGAGUUAUGGAAAUAUAGUUAGUAUGAAAAGAGGAGUUGAUGAAGAUACGUUAUAUGUUUAUUACAAAACAGGAGGAAUAAGAAAAUAUAUAAAUUUUGAAGAAACAACAAAAAUGACAAAAAUAGAAGAAGAAUAUGGAAGGAUUCAAUUUGGGUUUAAUGGAAUUACUAUUUUUCAUAUUGGAAAUGAAAUUAUUCAAUAUGAAUGCCAAACUGGAAAUGAACUUUGGAGAAGUGAUAUACAAAAUGGUAUUGCGUGUGUUUAUGAUAAUGAAAAUAUAAUUAUUAUUGGUAAAGAAAAUGGUAGAAUAGAAAUUUUAGAUAAAAGAGAUAAUAAAAAUUGUUUUAGUUUUGUUAGUCAUAUUGGUGGUGUAAUAGAUAUUCAGGGAUUUGAUAAUCAUUUCAUUUCAAUCGGAAAUGAUAAUAUUAUUAGAAUGUGGGAUAUGAGAAUAAAUGGAAGAGAAUAUGAUAGAAGAACUCAUAUCGGUCAAAUUAAAGGAUUCGAAUUAUUUAAUAGAAAAAUUAUUUCUUAUUCAAGUGAAAAAGAUGUUGUUCAAACUUGGAUUGUUAAUAAUCAAAUGAAAUUACCACAAACACUUUUUAAAACUGAAAAUAAAAUAAAAAGUUUUACUUGUAAUGAUAGAUAUAUUAUUGUUUCUCAAUCUUAUGGAGAUCUCUUAAUUCAUGACUUUGAACAAUAA